UUGUUGGCCGGUGCACCGGUUCGCCGGUCGAUUUGCAGCUGAGAAAAGGGGAAGAGCUGGCGGAGGCAGCAUCGGCGGGACGGUGCUAUGGACCUCAGGGACAAUGUCGAGACCGGGGAGACAGAAAACCACCUGGAGCUGUUUUAUAUGCCGAUUCCAGACGAAGCACCGUGCAAGAGGGAGCAGGAGAAGCUGUCAGGGGUCGUCAAAAACGUCCACAGAAAACUGCGUAGGAAAUACAGAGAGGUGGGCGACUUUGACAAGAUCUGGCGCGAGCACUGCGAGGAUGAGCAGACUCUAAGUGAGUACGCCGUCGCCAUGAAGAAUCUUGCUGACAGCCAUUGGACCAAAAACUGCGAAGGAGAGGGCCGCAUCGAAUGGUGUCGCAGCGUCUGUCAAGAGUACUUUUUGGAUGGCGGGAUGAAAAGAAUCUUAGAAAAGGAUGAGAAAAGUGCCAGGCUUGCCAUGGGUCUGACUGCAGCACCUGUAAGUGCCCAACCGUACAACACCAUCCCCAGUUCAAUCUCUCAGCUGGGGAAAAUGCGCCUUCUUGACGUGGGAAGCUGCUUCAACCCUUUCUUGAAGUUCGAUGAAUUCCUUACAGUUGGUAUUGACAUAGUGCCUGCAGUUGAGAGUGUGUACAAGUGUGACUUCCUCAACCUUCAGCUCCAGCAGCCUCUCCAGCUGGCAGGUGACGCGGUAGAGGCCUUCCUCCGCCAGCUCCACAACCCCAUCGACACUCUGCCUGCCCAGCUGUUCCACGUGGUCGUCUUCUCCNUGCUCCUGUCCUACUUCCCCUCGCCAUACCAACGCUGGAUCUGCUGUAAGAAGGCCCAUGAGCUGCUGGAGCUGCAUGGCCUGUUGCUCAUCAUCACGCCCGACUCCUCCCACCAAAACCGCCACGCCCUCAUGAUGCGCAGCUGGCGCGUCGCGGUGGAGUCCCUUGGCUUCAAGCGCUACAAAUACGUCAAGUAUUCCCACAUGCAUCUCAUUGCCUUCCGUAAGAUGUGUCUGGCCACCACCAGCGACCUGGUGUCACGCAACUACCCUGAGAUGCUCUACAUCCCUCAGGACUUCCACUCCAAUGAGGAGGAAGAGUGUGCCGACGUGCCCGUGCAGGUGCGCUCCGAGUUUGAGGAUGACCAGCUGGCUUGGGGCUUCACGGAGCUACCUGACACACCCUACGAUUCAGAUUCUGGGGAGAGCCAGGGCAGCUCGGUGCCUGGCUUCCACGAGCUAGAAGACCCCAUCCUGCUUCAGAGCUAGGCUUAACCAGCUAACCCCCCCCCCCAGUUCCUCUCCUCUUCUCUACGUAACUGUCACCUCCCCUUCAACUGCUGCGCUGCCAAAAUUAACCUGCUGCAUUCUUCUCCCACGACUCCUCCCGCUCCUCAAAAUAAUGCAGUUUGCACAGAGUGAAAGAGAGAAGUUUACAGAUUAUUUUCUCAUAUCCACACUCCUCUGAGAGUACACACGCAUACACGCACACAUAUACAUAUACCACACACUAAGACGGAUAUAUUUUGAUAAAUAUCUAGGUUUUUUAAGAGUUGGAAAGCGAAUGCCCUUAAGAUAUCUGAACUCCCUUCUCCUUAAUUUCCAUCCCAUCUUCCAAUCAGCUCUCAAUAACAAAAGUCAGCUUGUCUACAUUCUGUACUCAGUCUCCAUUUGAAUAAGCUAGUGUGGCAGGCUGCUUAGUACGAAAGACAAAUACAGCAACCUGAGCAGUGUGACAGGAGUUUGAUUGCACUGUAGAGACUGAUUAUGGGAUGACUGGACUGGUACGCUUGCUUCUGUCUCAGUCAUGCAGCAAGACUUCCUGAAAAAUUCUUGAUGUGCAUUUAGUUUUCCAAGACAAAAAAAAAAAAAAAAAGAAUAUCAUUGUUUUGAAAUAUAUAUU